UGGAUACUACCUAAGAAAAUUCAAACACGCCAUCCCAGGCCCCCAAUCACCCAUCCCCAUCCUUCUUAUACCAUGGGACCCCCCCGAUGGCAGGCCGCCGCACCAUGUCUCAACUCUCCCUGCCACCCACAUCAUGGCCAAGAUUCCACACUGGCGUCUGAUCAUCGACCAGAGUGUCGUCACCCCGGAGAUCAUCGACUAUCCCUAUGCCGGGUCCGGGACGGAAGCCGAUCCCUUCGUGGUGGAAUGGAUCCCCCAUGACCCCCGCAACCCCAUGCUCUUCAACCCGACGAUGAAAUGGGUCUACACCAUCAUCGCCGCCUUUGCCACCUUUGGCGUCUCCAUGGCCUCCUCCGCCUACGCCGGGAGCAUCGACCAAGUGAUUGAGCACUUCCACAUCAGCACCGAGGUCGCCACCCUCGGCGUCUCCCUGUUCGUGCUCGGCUUCGCCAUCGGCCCCCUCUUCUGGGCGCCCCUCAGCGAACUCAUCGGCCGUCAACUCGUCUUCUGCGUCUCCUACAUGGGCCUCUCCGUCUUCAGCGCCGGUGCCACCGGCGCCCCCAACCCCUGGACCCUCAUCAUCCUGCGCUUCUUCGCCGGCUCCUUCGGCUCCAGCCCCCUCACCAACGCCGGGGGGCUCAUCGCCGACGUCUUCCCGGCCGAGGAGCGCGGCCUGGCCAUGAGCGUCUUCGCCGGCAGCCCAUUCCUGGGCCCAACCCUCGGCCCCGUCAUCGGGGGAUUCCUCGGCGAACACGCCGGCUGGAAAUGGGUGGAAGGCUUCCUGGCCACCUUCACGGGCCUCAUCUGGAUCAUCCAAUGCCUCAUCGUACCGGAAACCUACGCGCCCGUCCUCCUCCGCAAACGCGCCGCCCGACUCACCUCCCUCACGGGCAACGUCUACAUCAGCAAACUGGACCUCGAACGCGGCCGCGUCUCCAUCCGCAGUGCCUUCGGCGCGGCCCUUCUCCGGCCCUGGAUCCUCCUCUUCGCCGAACCCAUCGUCCUCCUCCUCUCCACCUACAUGGCCAUCGUCUACGGCACACUCUACAUGCUCUUCGACGCCUUCCCCAUCGUCUACCAAGAACUCCGUCACUGGAGCGAAGGCAUCGGCAGCCUGCCCUUCCUGGGUGUCAUGGUGGGGAUGAUGUCCGCCGUGGCCUACAACAUGUUCGACAACAAACGCUACAAACGCUGCCACACCCAACACCGGGGGUUCGCGCCCCCCGAGGCGCGCCUCCCCCCCACCAUGAUCGGCAGCAUCACCAUCCCGAUCGGCCUCUUCUGGUUCGCCUGGACCAACGGGCCCUCCAUCCACUGGAUCGUCAGCAUCAUUGCCGCCGCGCCCUUCGGCUUCGGCAUGGUCCUCGUCUUUCUCAAUAUCAUGUCGUAUCUCAUCGACGCGUAUACCAUCUACGCGGCGUCCGUGCUGGCCGCGAAUUCCAUCAUCCGGAGUUGUUUCGGGGCGGGGUUCCCGCUCUUCACCACCUACAUGUAUCAGAAUCUGGGGAUUCAUUGGGCGUCGUGCAUUCCGGCGUUUCUCUCGCUGGCGUGUUUACCGUUCCCGUUUAUUUUCUAUAAAUAUGGGGCUGCGAUUCGACGCAAGUGUAAAUAUGCCGGCGAGUCGGAUGCCUUUGUGCGGAAGUUGGCGGAGAAGUCGCUGACCCCGGAAAAGAGUCAGGGGGAGGCGAUGGCCGUGGCGGAUGGAGUGGAUGAGACGGUGGAUCGGGAGCGGGCGGAGUCAGUGGCUACGAUGUCGGAGUCGAGUGAGGAGGCGGAGCGGCAGUACGAGGCGAAUCCGUAUGAUAUUGAUCGCGUGAAUACGAGGAAUUCGGCCAUUACGCAGCGGUCACGGUCGAUGUCGAUGUCGACGAAGGAGAGGGGGAAGCGGUUGUUUGGGUUGUAGGUGCUGCUGCUAUGAGGGGUUGUGUAGAGGGAGUUUGAUACCCUUGUUAGAUACCUUGUUUGUACUACAGAGAUAAUGGAUAAUUCGAGUGCAUAUA